AUGUUAAACGCACACAACUUUGAAGUUGCUCCUGGUAUUAAUUACGAGUAUAUAUAUGCCAAAGGAAACACCAAUAAUGAUUCAAAACCGACUAUCUUAUUUCUCCACGGUUUUCCAUCGUCAUUUCACAGUUGGCGUCAUCAAGUUGAAUAUUUUUCACGGCAAGGAUAUGAUUGUUUAGCACCAAAUAUGAUGGGCUACGGAAAAACGUAUUCACCAUUGAGCACACAUGAAUACAAGAGCAAAUCAAUGGUCGAGCAUCUCAUUGCUCUUCUCAAUCACUUACAAGUGAACAGAAUCAUUGUCAUCGGACACGACUGGGGAACUCGAGUGGCUGGUCGCUUUGUUUUGUAUCAUCCUGAGCGAACAUUGGGUGUUGUACUGAUUAGUGGUAGCUAUAAUGCACCGGCAGUAUUUGAUCUCGAUCGAGUACUUGAGGCUUCAAAGAGAGCCCUUGGAUACGAAAUUUAUGGCCAUUGGAAAUUUUUUGAAGCUGACGAUGCAGCAGCGCUUAUUGCAAAUAACUUAGAAAGCUUCAUUGAUCUUGUCUUUGCGAGUGAUCCGGCACUCUGGAAAACGAAUUUUGCUCCAGUUGGAAAAGUACGAGACUGGCUCGUGAAUAAGAACAGAACUACUCGAGGUUCGUAUAUGACAGAAAACGACUACACGAUCCUUCGACGAUACCUUUCCGAAGGAAUGCAGCCAAAAAUGAAUUGGUUCAAAGCGAUGAUUGCGAACAACGAUUGGGAUGAUGAAAAGAACCUCGAUCCAGUAAUUAAACGACCUAUGCUGUAUCUCGGAGGAGCAAAAGACUAUGUAAGUGUUAUCGCUUCCUACGGAGGGCCAAACCAAUAUGUUGCCGAUUUGGAAACAGUUGCAUUAGAUACUGGCCAUUGGGUGAUGGAAGAAAAUCCACAUGCAGUCAAUCGAGAAAUCGACAGGUGGAUCAAGAGAAUCCUGUGA